CUUUCAAACGUUUUUUUUUCUUCUGCAAUAACAAACCAAUCAUGUCAGCACUCAACAAUUUUGCUACUCAUAUCCUCUCUUCUUCCUCAAAGAGAUCCCUUCAAGAAUCCAGAAAGACUCAAACUUUAUCCAUCAACUUUUCUCCAACUUUCACCAUACAAAAUAUACCAAAAACCCCAUCAAGAAUAAGUUUUGUUUGUCCAAUAAAUGCUGUGACAGAAGAUAAAGAAGCAGAGGCCAACCAAGAAAAUGAAAAGAAAGAAUCAAAUGGAACUGAAAUUGAAGAAAAAAUCAAGAAUAGCUUCUUGUCCAUUUUGUUGGAUAAAGAUAGGUUUUUUAAUGCUUCAAUUGUACUUGGUGCUGGUACACUUGCCAUCACAAGGUUACUCACCAUAGAUCAUGAGUAUUGGCAUGGAUGGACCCUUUACGAGAUACUGAGGUAUGCCCCGGAGCACAACUGGAUUGCAUAUGAAGAAGCACUGAAAGCAAAUCCUGUGUUAGCUAAAAUGGCGAUUAGUGGUAUUGUCUACUCUGUAGGAGACUGGAUCGCUCAAUGCUAUGAAGGAAAGCCUCUUCUUGAAUUUGACCGGACUCGCAUGUUUAGAUCUGGUCUUGUUGGAUUUUCACUUCAUGGUUCCCUUUCCCACUACUAUUACCAAUUUUGUGAGGCUCUUUUCCCGUCCAACGAUUGGUGGGUGGUUCCAGCUAAAGUUGCUUUUGACCAAACCAUUUGGUCAGCAAUUUGGAAUAGCAUCUAUUUUGUGGUCCUUGGUUUCUUGCGUCUCGAAUCUGCAUCCAAUAUUUUUGGCGAACUCAGAGCCACGUUUUGGCCCAUGUUAACAGCAGGGUGGAAACUUUGGCCAUUUGCUCACCUAAUAACUUAUGGCGUUAUUCCUCUUGAGCAAAGACUCCUUUGGGUGGACUGUGUCGAACUGGUUUGGGUUACUAUUCUCUCAACCUACUCAAAUGAGAAAUCAGAGGCGCGGAUAUCUGAAGAAUUAUCGGAAGCUAAAUCUGAUUCAUCAUCGAGUAAAUUGCCCGAGGAUUGAUCAAGCUAAACAACUUAAGAGAUUCUUAAGUUAUAUUAUCAAGUUAUAGUAAAUAAUUAACCAGCCUUUGAGAAAGCUAUUUAUUUAGGAAAUUAAAAGUGUAUAUAUAUAGCCAGUAUGUACUCUCCUUGGCCUUACCCAUUGGUGAAUGGGGGAAGAUAUAAAAAGAGGAGUUUAGUGU